AUGAGACUGGAAAGCAAAGUGGCGCUUAUCAGUGGUGGCGCCAGGGGUCAGGGUGCUGCGGAAGCGCGGCUCUUCGCCAGAGAGGGGGCGGCAGUGGUCAUCGGAGAUAUCCGGGACGAAGACGGAUUGAAGCUGGAAGCGGAGAUCCGCGAGCUGGGCGGUCAGGCGACCUGUGUCCACCUGGAUGUAACAGAGCAAGACCAAUGGCAAAGCGCCGUCUCACAAGCGGUUGACCAGUACGGCAAGUUGGACAUCCUUGUCAACAACGCAGGCAUCACCGGGAUGGAGGGUGGCGGCCUGACCAGCACAAAGAUAGACGGAACUGAUGCGGAGCUAUGGGACCGGAUCAUGGCAGUGAACAGCAAGGGGGUCUUCCUGGGGACCCGCACUGCCAUUCCUGCCAUGCGGGCGGCCGGAGGAGGAUCCAUUAUCAACAUUUCUUCCAUUGCGGGUAUAGUGGCAAUCGCCCCCGCAGCGGCAUACGCUGCGUCCAAGGGUUCGGUACGGCUGCUCACCAAGUCGACCGCCGUGCAAUAUGGACGGGAAGGCAUCAGGUGCAACUCCGUACAUCCGGGUUUCAUAGAGACGGCCAUGACUGAACUGAGACUUUCGGUGCCAGGAGCCCGCGAACAGGCAAUAGCCGAGACGCCGAUUCGCCGGAUUGGAACGGUGGACGACAUUGCCAACGGGGUGCUAUUUCUCGCAUCCGACGAGUCGUCGUUCAUGACGGGAAGCGAGCUGGUUCUGGACGGUGGUUGGACAGCCCAAUAA